AUGCCGCGCUGCCUCGGCGCCCGGUGCCCUCCGACGGCCCCAUGUCCAUCGCCUGACGCCCUCACCACCUGCGUCCCCCUGACGACUAGCCUCCUUGCUUGCCAGCUCCCUUGGACGCUGCCGGUAGGGACACAGCUGCCUGCGCCAAAACCCCCAUCACUGACACAGUGGCCUGCACUGAAAGCACUGUUAGGGACACAGUUGCCUGCUCUGAAAUGGAUGCCGUUGCCAAAACAUCCGCGUUCUGCAACACGGCUGCUGCCGGGACACCUGGGCCCCUCGGAGGACUGGCCUCGCCCCCUCCUGGGCAGGGCGGGCAGAGCACAGGGCAUAUAUCGACACACGCUGCCAAGCAGCUGCCGCUGCCGCUCCCGGGGCUGCAGCCCAAGGCAGAUGGCAGGGCCGAUGCUGUGGCGUGGGGCAGGGCAGAUACCACGGCAGGAUCCCAAGGCAGAUCCUGGGGCAAGGGCCAGGGCAGAAUCCUGUGGCAGCCCAGGUAUCAUCCUACUGCAGUUCCAGGCAGGGUCCUGGGUCAGCUGCCCAGGAUUGCAAACCUGUGGGGCCUUGCCUUGCUGCCUGGACCCCAAUCCUGACACAGACCCUGUCCCAGCCCCCGACCCCUGCCCAGUCCCUGCCCUGGUCCAUAAUCUGGACCCAAUUCUGGAUACCCUCGCAACCCCUGACCUGGACCUGUACUAUGGACCAGUCCCCGACCUGGCCCCCAACCCAGACCAGGACCUUGGACCAGUCCCUGAUCUGGACCUAGUUCCUAGACCAAUCCCUUACUCGGCCCCCAACCUGGAAGUGGACCCUUACCUUGGACCAUUCCACUACCUGGACCACGUCCCCUGCCUGGUGUCCAAUCCAGACCCGGUUGCAUACCCCCACUUGGCCCCCAACCUGGAUCCUGGUCCACACCCCAGUGCAGAAGCAAGUCCAGAGCCAGAUCCUGGACCGGUCCCUGACCCAGACCCAGAUCCCAGCCUGAUGCCCAAUCUGGAUCCAGUUCUCUAUCCCCACUUGGCCCUUAAACCGGAUCCUGGCCCGCUCUCUAACACGAACCUCAGUCCCAGCUGGGUCUCUUACCCAGUCCCCAGCCCAGGCCCAGACCCCAGUCCGAUCCUCAACCUGGACCUGGAUCCCGGCCUGGUGCCCAAUCCAGAUCUGGUUCCAUAUCCCCACUCGCCCCCUGACCCAGCCCCCAACCUGGCCCUUGAUCCAAACUCGGACCACAGUCCCAUCCCCGACCUGGUCAUGGUCCUGUAUCCCCAUGCGGACCCUGUCCCAGUCCCUGCCCCAGACCCCAGUCGAAAUCUGGUCUGCAGUUCAGUCUCCGACCAGGACCUGACCCGUGCUCCUGGGCGGCCCUGCAGCUGCUCCCAUCCCUUCCCAUCGCCACCACCACCGCUGCCACCACUGGGAACAGCCGAGCCGCCACCAUCUCACCCCAGGGCCCCAGCCCCAGCCGCUGCUGCCAGCGCCCUCCCGCUACCGACCCGGGACCCCACUGCUGGCCCCAGCCCGAGCCCCCCGCGCAGCCCCACGAGCAGCCACGAGCAGCUCCUGCCCAUGGCAGGCAUCGCCCAGACACCUCCGCUCCUCUCAAGCCAUGCUGCCUCAGCACCUGGCGCCCUCCGAUGGCUCCAUGCCCAUUGCCAGACGCCCUCACCACCUGCACCCCCCAACGACUGGCCUCCUCCUCGCUCGUCGCCUCCCUCAGAUGCUGCCGGUAGGGACACAGCGGCCUGCUCCGAAACCACCGUUACGGACACAGCGGCCUGCUCUGAAACCACUGUUGCCAUGACAUCCGCGUUCUGCCACGCCACCGUUGGCUCUGUUGGCUCAUAUAGGGAAAUUCCUGAGAGGCUGCAUCAACUUUUGGAGACUAUGAUGCUAACUCCUAAUCGUAACUGGGGAGAUGUGCAGACGCUAUUGAAUACUUUCUUGACGGGAAAAGAAAGGAGGCUGGUUAAUUGA